CGCCGCUGGGCCGCGAGCCUCCCUCCAUCUGCUCCUCCUCCUCCUUCUCUUUUCGCCCCACCUCCCCUGAGAGCUGGGGGCAGGGGAGCCGCAGCCCCAGCUGGAGGGAGGCGGCGCGGUGCCAACAGUCAUUGCCCCCCAUCUUCAAGUCUCGGGGCGCUACGCAGCCGCGGGGGGGAAGAUAUGCGUCGUUCCCCCCAGCCCGGCCUCGCUGCCGCCCUCGCCGGGAGAGGAGGGACUGAGGCGCCCACACCUGCAAACUCGCCCUAGAAGUCUCGGGGUGCCACGGGGGCCCCUCCCCGUUCCCGACGGCCUCCACCGCUGCGGGUGGCCCGAGCCCCUGUCCGGGAACCCGCGCCAAUGCCCCGAGUGGUGGUUUCGCUUUCUCCCUUCGAGGCCGUGUGAACUGGCGUCAGCAACGUGAUGGGCAACCAGGUGGAGAAGCUGACCCACCUAAGUUACAAGGAAGUUCCCACAGCCGACCCGACCGGCGUAGACCGGGACGACGGCCCCCGGAUCGGGGUCUCCUACAUCUUCUCCAACGACGAUGAGGACGUGGAGCCGCAGCCGCCGCCCCAGCUCCCGGAUGGCAGCUGCUUGUCCGAGGGCGGGGACGGGCAGCCGCCGCCCCCGCCGCAGCCCUACGACCCGCGGCUGCACGAGGUGGAGUGCUCCGUCUUCUACCGCGACGAGUGCAUCUACCAGAAGAGCUUUGCGCCGGGCUCGGCGGCGCUGAGCACCUACACGCCUGAGAACCUGCUCAACAAGUGCAAGCCGGGCGACCUGGUGGAGUUCGUGUCGCAGGCGCAGUACCCGCACUGGGCCGUGUACGUGGGCAACUUCCAGGUGGUGCACCUGCACCGGCUGGAGGUGAGCAACAGCUUCCUGACGGACGCGAGCCAGGGCCGGCGCGGCCGCGUGGUCAACGAGCUGUACCGCUACAAGCCACUGAGCCCCAGCGCCGUGGUGCGCAACGCGCUGGCGCACGUGGGCGCCAAGGAGCGCGAGCUGAGCUGGCGCAACUCGGAGAGCUUCGCCGCCUGGUGCCGCUACGGGAAGCGCGAGUUCAAGAUCGGGGGCGAGCUGCGCAUAGGCAAGCAGCCCUACCGGCUGCAGAUCCAGCUCUCGGCGCAGCGCAGCCACACGCUGGAAUUCCAGAGCCUGGAGGACCUGAUCAUAGAGAAGCGGCGCAACGACCAGAUCGGGCGCGCGGCCGUGCUGCAGGAGCUCGCCACGCACCUGCACCCAGCUGAACCCGACGAGGGCGACUGCGACGUGGCGCGGACUACGCCGCCCCCCGGGCGCCCCCCAGCGCUGGCCCCUGAGGCGGUGGAGCACUGACGGGCAGGGGAGCGCGCCCGGUGGGCUGCGGAAAGAAACUGUUUGCAACAGACAGGGCCCCUUCUCCCCCUCCCUCCUAUGCCUCCCACUUCGUGCCAGUUGGGCUCCUGGGCAUUCCGGAAAUGGAGACGGGGCGGAUGGUGCCGCCAUCGCCACAGCCUGCGGAGGCUUGAGCUUGCCACCUUGGACUGGGGAGGAGGAGGGCAGCAGAGGGAGCAGGUAGGCGCACCUUUGACUGGGGGCAUUACCAUUCCUCCUUCGCAGCCAGCCUGCCUUUCCUGCGAGGCAAACUGUGGACCUGCCAGGCACUUAAUACCCGUUGGACCUGGGUCCAACAUCCACCCCUUCCGUCCCGGAGAAAAGUUCUCUGAACCGCUGCCUGUCCUGGGCUUCCUGGGUGCCUGGGACAAAAGCUGGAGCUGAUUUGGGGGUAAGGGGUCAGCCUGCCAGGAGAGCUGCUUAUCAGCCUCCUCCCUCGAAAUGCUGUGUGCUCAGAAUCUGGAAGGUUGGGAGAUUUAUGGGAUUCCUGGGUUGCAGGCUGGAGGAGCCAUGGCAGGGUCUGGGAGCAGCCGACCCAAGCCAAGCGGGGGACCCCCAUGAAAUGUAACAAAUAGUUAAAUUGGGCUGCAAACAAAGACUUUGCUGCCCUGCCCCACCCCCACCCCCUUUUCCUUUUCAGUUGCUGGCUCUGAGCUGCCUCUCCUGCUCCACUCCGCCCCUUUCCAGGUUACAAGUAAAUUAUUGUCGCGGGUUGGCCAGGGGAAAGAUUCAAUUAAAGGUUCGGUAGGCUGCCUUUGUUUCUCGCCUGCUGUUGUAGGCACUUUAUUGCUGUGUUAUUUGUUAUCAAAGGCGGGACUAGCCCUUUGAGUCACCGAUCUCAUUAAACCUGCUCUGUUGUGCUCUUCUGCCGGUCACAGAUGGGGUUGUCAACCGCCGCCCCAUAAAGUAUCCACUGCAGAAGCAGCCACGCAGGGCUGCCCUGGCAGGAACCCGUUAAUCUCCCAUCCUCACCCCCCCUGUCACCCCCUUCCUGAAUAUAGAAGCAAAGUCUUUAUAAAGCUUAGGGCUUUGUUGAGGAUCCUCUGGUUCCUCCACCCCGCCCCCUCGCUACCCUGCCCCCCAAUUCCACUUUAUUUUUGCUGGUGGUGAAAUCCUAGGCUGGCGGAGGCUGUAGUUGGAGGGUCGAAAUACCCUUUUUGCAGCCACACCAGGUGCCGUUUAAUUCAAAACGCAAAGUCUUGUGAUCCUGCAGCCACUUCCAUGUCCACAGGAGCAAACACUCUUGGAAAGCUUUUCCCACUAAGGGGGCGGUGUGGGGGUGGCCCAGAACAUCAGCCACAAAUCAACGCUCCCUGGGGUGUUCAUGGCAGGCUGAGCUGAGCCCAAGAACUCCUGUGUGCUUUAAGAUUGUGAGGCUUUCAAUAGAGACACAUUUUAACAAGCUGUGCCCCCUCCCUCCAUUCUGUUUGUGUGAGCCCUUCCCUGAUGUCUGCACCAUCCCAGAAUGCUCGCUCCCCUGCCACACGUUGCCAUUGGAGCCUCAAACUUGGAGUAAAUGGGCUGUGAGUCAGGCUUUUGUUGCUUCCCUUUCCCCUCCUGGAGGUCAUUCUGUGACCUAAUUCCAAAGGCUGGACUAGUUUUAGGCUUGAGCAUUCACACCAGAGGGUCCUCUUUAAGCAGGCCCUUGCCUGAACCUCCCUGAAGCAAGACUUGAAGGACUUUCUUGUAUGCCUUUUCCCCCUCUUUUUCCUCUGUUUUCCAAAACUGGAAGUUAAGGCCAUGGUUUUAAAAAACAGGCCUUCAUAACAACUCCUUAAAAUCAAAAUCUUUUCAUUACCUGUUCCCGGUUCUCAAAGCUGUCACUCAACAGGUCCAAUGGCAUUCAUGGUGUGAGAUCAGCUUUCCUUCAAGUCCAUGUCUCGGGCUUUUGAGGGAAGUAAACCGCUGGUUGGAAGUCUAGGUUCUUUGAUCCGUGGGAGUUCUGCAUUUGGUUCUCUGGCAGCUUUGUGGUUAUAUGAGCAGACUACGAAAAGUUGCUGGGAAAAGCCCACCAACAUUCUCCCCUGUUGGCACGAAUUUUAGAAACCCCCUUGUAUUCUCGGGCCUAUGGGAAAAGGCCAAGAUAAAUGUGGGCAAAGACUUUUAGAAGAACUUAGAAUACUGUGAGUGGUCCUUGGGUAGUGCAGAUGGUUACCAGGUAGGUGCCUCAGAAGAAAGGCCGGGUGGUCUCCUAAACACUUGGCUGUUGAAAACUCUAGAGCGCACAAUUCUCCAUUCGUGUCUGGUCAUGCUGAGGUGUGCUGUGAGUAGAUGCAGGCGAGUCGAAAUUUGGCUCAGAGUGCCCCCAUAUGACAGAGUAAAACUGCCCCCAGAGGAUCUUUCCUGGGCUGUGAUAUUGACAGGCAGAUUGCCAGGUUUUUUCUUCCUCUGAGCUGCUGGUGGGUUCCGCCCGCCAACUUUUCAGCCAGUAGCCUGGCCCUUAACCUCCAAGCACAUUCCCCCACCAGGGUGCUUUACACUUAGGGGUAACCACAGCUACUCACUCUAUGUGACCUGCUCUUCCUGAGCCUUGUAGGCUAAAAAACAGCACUGGUUGAAAGUGGGCACCAGCAAUAGCACCGAAUGCUGGCGCAGAGGUCUUUGAUACCAGAGCUGGAAGAAGGAAUUGCAGUAACAGACAGACACUCCAGAUGAGGCCUCUGUGUGGGACUGAGUAUUGCUCGCAGGGUACCAGAGGGGCCAGAUACUGAGUGCUCCAUAGGGCCAGGAUGCCCCAAGGCAAGAACAAGGCUCCAAGAAAGGGAGGGGCGAGGAGGGUGCCUCCUCCAGAUGGCAAUGUUGUGGGUCAGUGACUUUUUAGUGCCCCGGCAGUGGCUACAGCUGGCACUUAAAAAAUAAAGUCUUAACAAUUUUUAUUUCUCCAUAGGAAUAACACUGUAGAGCUAUUUUGAACUGUGAAUUACUGAUGCUCUUUGAAGGCAAGGAAAGUUGAUGCCACUGAUGACAGUGGCUCUGGCGGGCCAAGCAGGAAGCCCCCCUGGGGGGUACUUAUGCUGAGGGAACUCAGACAAAUUCUAUUUUCUUACCUGAGCAAAUAUUUUAUUGAGAUUGCUUAUUUACACAACACCAGGAGCCCCCAACUUCAGCCACAUGAGAUGUUUUUGUACUACAAGUAUGCAUACUUUUUGUAGGGCUUGAAUUCCACAUUAUCAAUUAAAAUGACUUUGUACCACUGAAUAUGCCUAGGAGCAAAUAGAACCUGACGGUGGACCUUUAAAGCGACCCCUUCAGUGGUGGUAAUCACCCAAGUCCUCGGUGCUUCCAGCCCUGAUUGUACCACCGAGCAAACACCCACACUCCUACAUGGAGACCUAUUUUUGGAAGAAAAACUUUAAUUUUAUAUGACACAGAGGCUAUGGAGAGUUAAGAAAACUAUAUGGACUACUUGUUUUCUAUUUUUUUGGUAAACAAUGGAAUUCACUGUGUCGGAUACUCUUGAUGUAUGUGCUCAUCUCAUCAUUUAAGAAAAAUUAAUUGGAAUGAAACCAAGUGUGAUAGCGAUCAAAUGGAAUCCUUCGGAAGCUGCAUCUUUUGUUUGUGGAUUUCUUUAAAGACAAAACAAUCAGGGUAACGAUCAACUUGACUGGUUCAUUCAACGGCACUCUCUCAUUUUCUUGCUAACACUUGUGACGAUGAAGAAUUUCAUUGCCUCACAGGAUAAAUGCCACCUGUAUUUUAUUUCCCCAUGAGUUGUGUCCUUAUUUUUGUUGUUGAAGGUCUCCUGUCCAAUCAACGUUACAUUCUCACUGCACUUCUUGAGAAGGAAGUGCUGAUUGAAAACUGUAUCAUUUCCUUCAAAAUGAAGGGCUCUGCUUAGUUAAAUAAAAGAUUGAUGAUAUCUUUUCAACUA